AUGUCUACCUCAUUAACAGCAGCUCGUUGGUAUAUCAAAACAAGAAAUUCUCAAGUUUGCAAUAGUUUAUCACAACAAACUAAAGGAAUCUCUUUACCGAAUCCACAACAACGAUAUCGAGGAAAUUUACCAACUGCAUUGAUUACAACUCUUUUAAUAUUUAUGAUAAAAUUACCGUACUAUAUCGAACGAUAUUCUCGUUAG